CUAACGCCGCUCCCCCGCCCGCGCUCGGCAGCACGCUGCCGGCCGCCGGCCCGGAGCACCGGGACUGGCCUUACCCCCCGCCCCGCCCCGAGCUCGGGAGGAACGGCAGCUCGCUGGUUCGGGGGCGCGGGAUCGGCCUGGGGGACCCCACAGGACCCCCCGCGACACCCGCUCCACCAGGAAAGACCCGGACCGGCGGCGGGAUCUCCCCGCGCAUGCGCGGGGGGGGGACGACGGCGACCGCACCUCCCUCCGCCCGGACCACCCCCCGCCCCUCAACACGCAUGCGCACAGAGAAGCACACCGCCUGCCCCGCCCACGCGCCCAGCGCCGGGCGGGGCCCGACCUCCGCACAUGCGCAGUUGUGUCCCAAAGGCGGUUUCCGGCCGCCACCGGGACCGCGCCUCCCUUUCUGCUCGCGGGCCGCCAUCAUGGUGUUCAAACGCUUCGUCGAGAUCGGCAGAGUUGCCUUCAUCGCCUUCGGGCCACACGCGGGCAAGCUGGUGGCCAUUGUGGACGUUAUCGACCAAAACAGGGCACUAGUUGAUGGCCCCUGCAGUGGUGUCAGAAGGCAGGCUAUGCCUUUCAAGUGCAUGCAGCUGACUGAUUUUGUUCUCAAGUUCCCACACAGUGCUCGUCAGAAGUGUGUGCGACUUGCCUGGGAGAAGGAAAAUAUAAACGAAAAAUGGGCAGCGACAAGAUGGGCGAAGAAGAUUGAAGCCCGAGAAAAGAAAGCCAAAAUGACUGACUUUGAUCGCUACAAGGUCAUGAAAGCAAAGAAGAUGAGAAACAGGAUCAUCAAGCAUGAAAUGAAGAAGCUCCAGAAGAUGGCUUCUAAGAAAGGCAAGAAGUCAGAUAAGCCAGAGAAGCCAGGGAAGCCAGAGAAGCCAGGGAAGGUGCAGAAGUCACAGAAGGUGCAGAAGGCACAGAAGGCGCAGAAAUAAAAAGAACUUCUAGUUAUGUAUGACUUUGUCCUUGUUCUGGUUCUUUAAAAUUAACAAAUGGUUAAACAUCUGGUUUAAAUUGUAAUCAUAAGUUCACUUUUGCUUCUGACCAAGAA